AUGCUUCUCUGGGUGUUCUUCCUGGUGAUCCUCACCCUCAGCAGUGACUCCCACUCUUUCCCACCGUCCCUGCCCCUCAGAGUCCCUCGGUAUGCAGACGCCAUCUUCACCAACAGCUACCGGAAGGUGCUGGGCCAGCUGUCAGCCCGCAAGCUACUGCACGACAUCAUGAACCGCCAGCAGGGAGAGAAAAACAGGGAGCAAGGAGCAAAGGCACGGCUCGGUCGUCAGGUGGACAGUAUGUGGGCAGGCGCAAAGCAGACGCCCCUGGAGAGCGCCCUAGCGGCCAUGUUGCUGAAGCAGAGGUAG